AUGGUUCGGCGAUUAGUAUCCAACGAGAAGUUUCAUUUGCAGAACUCCGUCAUCGGCCACCCUUCCCGCCAGUGUCUUGUGGGCUCAUAGGUUUAUUGACCACCGGCUUUCAAAGGAGAUACUUUGCCCAAGUUUCAGCUGGAUUCCAAGAUUGGGUCUGGUGUACCAUCGGACUCUUUACACCCCAGAACUCAACUUGACAAUCCAGGAAGGGUCCUAUAAACCCAAAGGGAUUCAGCAGGACAGACACUCAGCAGCAGCCGUGACAUCUCCAAGGUCCCCUUCGAACGACGCACAAAUGUCGCCGCCAGUCAAAUUCGCCGCCGCCGUAUUCCCGGGCUUCCAGGCCCUCGAUCUCUUCGGCCCGCUCGACACGCUCAACAUCAUAUCGAAGCAGGACCACCCAAUGUCGCUGUACAUCCUCUCCUCCACGCUCGACCCCGUCAGCACUCUCCAUCCGGAAGAUUCAGAGGAAGAUCCAUCGGCGGCGGCACCGCCGUCCAAGUCCAAGGGCCUGCCCUUCCCCAUGUCCCAGGCCAUCGUCCCGACGCACACCUUCGCCGACUGCCCGGACGAUGUCGAGGUACUGAUCGUCCCCGGAGGCCGCGGCUGCCACGACCCGGCGCGGAUCGCGCACGUUGCCGACUUUGUCAGGCGGCGGAUGCCCCGGCUCCGGUUCCUGCUGACGGUGUGCACGGGCGGCGGGAUCGCGGCGCAGGCGGGCGUGCUAGACGGGCUGAGGGCGACGUGUAACAAACGCGCGCUGGACUGGAUCAUCCCGCGCUACCCCUCCGUGAACUGGGCCAAGUCCGCGCGCUGGGUCGUCGACGGCAACAACGAGGAGAAGAACAACAUAUACACGGCGUCCGGCAUAUCCGCGGGCAUGGACAUGAUGUUUGCCUUUGUCGCGGACCAGUACGGCGCCGAGCUGGCGGACCGGAUCGCCAGGCAGGCCGAGUACACGCGGUCCGUAAAUCCGGAGGAUGACCCUUUUGCGAGGGAGUGAGUGAGCGAGCAAGCAAGCAAGCAGGGUAUAACUGAACACGGGAGAUAGACAUAUUCAGUCAGGGAUAAAAUGAAUGGAGCGAGGCAGGCUCGGGGAUCGAUGUGAUGUCGUGCUCAGAUUACAGACAGUGUAAAUAGGCAGGGCUGGCUGAUCGCGGCAGCCAAGGAGCACACGAGGACGAAGCUUUAUCAACUCUAUCGCGAGAUUCUCACCGCCCGCAG